AUAAUGAGCUUUGAUGAAGCACGAAACUGUUUUUGUCUCACUUCAUACUUACAAAUUGGCACUACAUAAGAUUGGACAACUAUGAAGAUUCUUUAUUACAUAUCGAUCUGCAGCCAUAAAGUACAACUCAACUUCAACAACUCUCCAGUUACUCAAGAACUAAGUGCCAGCGUCCCUGCAAAAUAUAUAACCAGAAAAGAAUAAUAAUAACUAUCUCAUCUGUAUGAGGUUGACUCUUUAGAUUGCUUGAAAUGAUGUCUAAAAGGCAAGAAAUACUCAACUUGUCCUACUUGUCGGACCAAGAAAAAGAGGCCAUUUUAAUUGUGUUAAAGCGUGAUGAAAACCUCAGGAAAAUAGAGGACAAAAGAAUAAGAAAAUUAAAAAAUGAUUUUCUGGAAAUCAAAAAGAAAGGUGCUAAAAUUCACCAACUACGUCAGAAUAGUGCCAAAAUCUGUGCCCGCUGCCAGGCGUCCCUGGGGCUGAUCUAUAAUCGAGGUAGUAUUUGUCAAACAUGUGAAUACCGAGUGUGCAAGGACUGCAAAGUAGUGGUGAAAGAUGGAGUCUGGAGAUGUACAGUAUGUGCCAAGACUGCGCAGAUAAGAAUAGUAACGGGAGACUGGUUUUUUGAAGAACGUUCGAAACGCUACAAAAACGGCACUGUCCUAGCAAGUGUCAUCGUCAGAAAGUCUAUAAAGAGGGUUGCAGUGCCUUCUACAGUACAGGAAUAUACUGAAAAAUCCAAUAUUGAUAUCAAAGAAAACACCACAGUGCCUGCAACUGUAGAUGGCCAUAGCCCUGGAAAGCGCAGUCUUGAUAAAAUAACCAGUCAAUAUCCCGGAAAAGGCGAAGAUAGUAGAAGCUUACGGUCCAACUGUGAUACUCAGAGCCUGCGAAGUACAAGAUCAAUGCCACGUGCCAACGGUCUUGACAGAAUACUUGCAAAGCAGACAAGAAGUGGAGAAGAUGCAAUCAGCAUUCAUUCAAACUUUGAUGCACAGAGCUUGAGAAGUAUCUCAUCGAUCCCUCGCUCUGAAAGGAGAUCCAGACAAGAUAUUCACAGUCUCCCUGAAGCUUCCCAAGCAGAGUAUCUACACAAUGGCCAAGACAAUGUUGAUGAAAUCAGUCAAGCAAGCUUUAAAGUUGACUCCCGCUCUGAAUCAAAGCGCAGCUCGCCAAUUUCUAUUCGUGAAAGUGUCCAUUGCUUAGACCCAACUGGCAGUAUCAAUUCACAGACAGCCACUCAAAGCAACAGUUCCUGGACCAGCACAAGUUCUGUGGUGCAUCACAAUUCUCCCACCCCCAGUAAACGAAGUGUAGCCUCCAACUACAGCCUCACGCAUUCAAUAGGAAGUGCAAUGAAAAUAAGCUCUAGUAUACCUGAGGACAUAGGAAAGAGACAUAAAAGACGUGGUUCUGGCACUCCAUCAUUGACCUUAUCUCGAGUAUCUAUAGGAUCUGAUCACAGUCGGUCUGAGAUGGAUCUCAGAAGACAGUUUCCAGAGGGGAAUGGGGAAACAGGAAGUAUAAGGAGCAGAUCUGUUCCAGGGGGAUUGAACACUAAUUUGGAAUAUGUAGAUGAAAAUGAAGAGGAUUUUACAGACAUAGUGCCAUACCAACCAGCCAGUUUACGAGGUGGAUAUUCUGUUACAAGUCUUAAUAGCGUGACAAGUGGCAACAGUGAAAUUUGGGACUAUGAUAAUAUGAAAGUCACGGGGAAAAUCACACUGACCCUUAAUUACAGCUACAAAACAGGCGCUUUGAACAUUCUGGUGAAAAACUGUAAAAAUCUUGCAGUGGCCGAUGAGAAGAAGAACAAAACUGACCCGUAUGUAAAGGCAUAUCUUCUUCCUGAUAAGUCACGUCACAGCAAACGGAAGACAAAAAUAAAGACCAAUACAGCUAAUCCUGAGUUCAAUGAAGUGCUCAAGUAUGUAAUCAGUCACACACAGUUAGAAACUAGAACUUUACAACUGUCUGUUUGGCAUAAUGACCGGUUUGGACGUAAUAGUUUCUUAGGUGAAGUGAAUAUUCCCCUCGAUACAUGCAAUUUUGAAAAUCAAGAAGAUGUGUGUCUUGCUCUGCAACCCAAGAUGGAUUCGACAUCAGAAGUAACUCUUCAGUAUAAAGGAGAAAUUAUAAUUGGCUUACACUAUACACCUCCAGAAAAAAACUUAACUCUUCCUCUGGAAUCAGUAUCAACAGGAAAGAAAAGUUUCAGGAGGUCAAAGAAAGUUCCUAUGCCGACAGGAGGAAUACUUGAAGUAUUUGUUAAAGAGGCCAAAAAUCUAACUGCAGUGAAAUCAGGGGGAACUUCAGACACAUUUGUUAAAGGAUAUCUACUGCCAGAAAACAGCAAAUCCACAAAGCACAAAACUCCCAUAAUUAAAAAGACUGUGAACCCUCAGUGGAACCAUACCUUCACCUUCACCAGCCUUCAGCACAAUGACCUGCAAAAUGUCAGCCUAGAGCUGACAGUGUGGGAUAAUGAAUCCUUGUCAAGCAACAUAUUUUUGGGUGGUGUCUGCUUAGGCUGUGGCAGUGGUAUAAGUUAUGGAAAUGAAGUUCCCUGGAUGGAUGCCCAGGGUGAAGAGAAGUAUUUGUGGCAAAAGAUGAUGGACAAUCCUGGAACCUUAGUAGAAGGAAUCCUCAUGCUAAGAUCCACCAUGGCCAGAAGCAAGAAUAUGAACCAGAACUCUUAGAUCUCAGAAGGAUCCUAGCACAAGUUAUGAGCAGGCUGUAAUUUAUUUCAUGUUUAACAGGAUUAUCUUGCUUGCUUUUACUGUAAUGUGUUUUUAAUAGUUAACUGCCAUGCCUGUAGUACUGUAACAAGAUGGCAGUUACCAUGAUUUGUAUAUUUGAUUCAUUUCUUGCAUGUAUUGUAAUGUAGUGCCAAUUACAUUUCUAGAUACAUGUCUGUGAUAUGCAGCAUUCUUUAAAAAGACAGUUACCUCUAUUUUUAUAUAUUGUUGUACAGGUAUGUCUGUUCUUACCAUAGAAAGUCCAGAUGUUAUAGAUAAAUGUAUUUACCUACUCCAAGUUCAGGUUUGCUCAAUGCAGGUUGAGCAGCAAGAACCCUAAAGGGGUUAUCUAGGACUUAAAUAUAAAAAAUCUGACUUUCAGAUAGAUCAUCAAUAUAAGAUCAGUAGCAGUCCAUCUCCUGGCAUUAGCUAUUGAAAGCAGCCACGACACUCAAGCAAUUGCUGCUGCCUCUUCCUCGGCCUGUAACGUCGUGUCCAUUGCUCGCGUGGCCUUUCUGCAGCUCAGUCUCAUUCAAGUGAAUGGAAUUGAACUACAAUACCAAGCACAGCCACAAUACAAUGUACGAUGCUGUGCUUGGUAUAAUAGGCAGACAGCAGCAAUCUUCCAUGUGGUCGUACCCUUCAAGUUUACAUUUUUUCUUACCCCAACUUACCCAUAAGAAAAGUGAAUCAGUAUAACAAUAGCAUUAACAUGUGGAUUGUGUAGUAAAGCUUUAAUGUGUAUCAUCACAAUAAGACAUCAUUAUAAUAGUUAAAAAAAGAAAAACUCAAGAGGCAACUGUAUGGCUAUGUUCACAUUCAGGGAUUCUGUUCAGAGCCUCUGUCGCAGUUGUGUCACUUUUGAUGACAAGAAUAGUACCGUAUGCAGCGCUGUUCUUGCCCUCAAAACAACAGAAAAUAUGAACCAAACAGACCCCAUCAUAAGUCAAUCAGGUCCAUUGGCGCUCUUUGGAACUUCCAUAUGACUUUUCCAACACAGUGUUGUGACUUCUCUAAAUGGCAUGUUUGCAGAUGUGAACAUACCCUAUGAUACAAACAUUUCAGUAAAGCUAAAUAUUUCAAGCACUUAAUGUAUUAACAGAAAGUCAUAGAUUUAAUGUACUUCAUCACAGACUGAUAACACAUAGACAUGUGACAAUGUGUGUGUACAAGGACAGCUGUCAAUCACUAGGUCCACCGACGUGACCACUGAGCUCAGAAAGAGCAAAUAUUAAAUUAAUAAAUUACAAGGUUUACUGGAUCUUUUCCCAUAAAACUAUAUAUAAAUCUGCUCAGCUCCCCCGCUCUGUAAGAUGCUGCCUGCAUCUUCAUGGUUAAGUCUGUGAACACCAACCAAUCCCACACAUAUGGAGGGGUUUUUGGACUUGAACCUGUACAGCACAAUUUUCUGUGUAAACAUUUUUUACCGUAUAUUGUCUACUAUCUACAAAGGUUUUUUGUUUCAUUGUUUAGAGCAUUAGUCGGGUUCCCAGCUAACAGACAUCUACUGAUCUUAUCCUUUGCCCGUCUGAAUCUAGGAAGAAUUCCCCUCUAAUUGCAAUGUAAAGCACAUUCAGGGCUUUGUAUUGUGUGAGAAUGACUGAAGUAUAAUUUACAAGGAUUUUCCAAUCUUUCAAAAUUGUGUUCAAAAUGUUUAAAUGCAGCAAAAUAUAUUACCUACUAGCUUGCCAUGUGUAACUGAGAUGUCUCUGUAAGCCGGUCUGACAUGCAGUUACAGUUGCGUUCAAAAUAAUAGCAG